AUCAAAUAGAGAGAAUGAGUCGGAAAAUGAGAAUAAAUUAGUUUUAACUUGCAAUCUUUUUAAUCUCUGAUUGUUGGAUUAGAUCAGACCCAAAAUUUAGCAUGUAAAACCUCUUAGACAAGCGAAGAGUCUCUCAGUGUUUUGCUUAAGCUAAUAGAUCCAAACUACAAUUCGUGAUGUCUAUUGUUCAUUAUUUUUUCAUUAUUGCAUCAACAAUCUCAUCAUCAUCAUCAUCACCAUCUUGUCUCUUCGUUUAAUUGUCUCCAAUUGUCCCAGCGUAAAGAUCAACAUUGAUUUGCUUGCUUCUAUCUUUCAACACACUCAAUACAAUUUGAAUUGCUGUUGCUUAUUUUUGUGAAUCCUAAGACUGCUGAUUGGAACCAUGAGUAGAAUCGAGGACAGCAAUAUAAUUACAACUCUAUACCAAUCUUCAACUGUUGAUGAUUACCAUUGUCAUUCAAGUGACCGUUACAACAGUGCGGAUACAGUGGCACGUAAGCGUCUCAUUGUGGCCAGUAUCAUUUGUCUGAUAUUCAUGGUGGUUGAAAUUGUUGGCGGUCUAAUGGCAAAUUCACUUGCGAUUGCUACCGAUGCAGCUCACCUAUUAACCGAUUUUGCCUCUUUCAUGAUCAGCCUUUUCUCCAUUUGGUAUGCAUCCAGACCGGCAACACAACGAAUGAGUUUCGGCUACUAUCGAGCUGAGGUUAUUGGAGCUCUAAUAUCAGUUAUGCUUAUUUACAUUGUCACCGGUGUACUAAUCUACUGUGCCACUCAACGUCUUUGCACUCAACAAUAUGAAAUUCAACCCACUUACAUGUUGAUCACGAGUGCUUUUGGUUUGAUUGUCAAUAUCAUUAUGGGAAUCGCUUUACAAGCCGGUGGUAUACCUCAUGGUCAUUCACAUGGCCCCUCACAUGGUCACUCACAGAAUCAUUCACAUCAACACUCACAUGAUGCCUCCAAUAAAAACAGAAACUACCUUUUAGAUUACUCCAGUUACUCAAACUAUCAUUCAGUUGAAACUGGGGAAAUUUUGGAUAACCACCAACAUGAGAAACCAAAUAUAAAUGUCAGAGCGGCUUUUAUCCACGUUUUAGGAGACUUUUUUCAAAGUCUUGGAGUUUUUGUGGCAGCUUUGAUCAUCUAUUUUAAGCCUGAAUGGGCUUUUAUCGAUCCAAUUUGUACGUUUCUCUUUUCCGUCCUCGUUUUAUUGACUACAUACCACAUAAUUAAAGAUGUUUUCAAUGUCCUUAUGGAAGGAAUUCCUAAAGGUAUCGAUUUUAUCAAAGUAUACAAAGCAAUGGGCUCAAUUCCAGGAGUUAUUAAGGUGCAUAAUUUGAGAAUCUGGUCACUUAAUAUGGAUAAAGUUGCCCUUUCGGCUCACAUAGUUACAGGAAAAGAUGAAGAUCGAACGCGAAUUCUGAAGAAAGCUUCUGAUCGUUUAAAAUCGGAAUUUGACAUAUUUGAAUUGACACUACAAUUGGAAGAGUACAAAACAGAAAUGGAUAAUUGUGAUCAGUGUCAAGUGCCCAAUUGAUGUACUCUACAGUGCACUUCAAAGGUUCAGGAUCGCAUACUUUGCACUUGAUUAUUUGAGUUAAAUUAUGGCAAUGAAAUUAAACUAUGGCGAUAAUUCUCAUAUGCUGGUCGUAGUCCUCAAACCAUUGAACGCCUACUUAAUUCCAUCAAUCCCUUCAUUAAUUCUGAGUGAUCAAACACAAAGCAAGCGAUUCUUGAACUUUUUCUAUGGACUGAAUAAUUUUUUCAUGACUCUUAAUGUAUUGUCCUUUGCGCUUUUUCAUCCGUUUUUUGUUAUUCAUUCCAGUUUCUUUUCAACCAUUCUGGAUGUCUCAAGAUUAUCCAUGCAAAAGAAGGCAAAUUUAAUUUUGCAACUUUUCCAGUCAAUUAAUGCAAAGCAUCAAAUAUGUUGUAAAGGGUUUAAUUGUUUUCCAACCCUGACGAUUCCAUUAAGUUGAACUUGAUUUUGUUAAUUUCCAUAUAUAUAAAUUUGUAAAUGCUUAAAAAGCAUGUGAUGUAACAUGAAUUUUAUUAACUGUAGUCUUAACUAUUGAUUGAAACCAUCUAGAUUUUUCAAUAACUGACCCUAACUUUCGAUUAAUUUUAUUUAAUUUUAACUUACAAUUUUUCUCUGAUAA